AUGGGCAGUUCUGAUGAAUCAGAGGACGAUUUUGUCUUGGAUCCUUUGCUUAAUGUUCCGGAAAUACCGAAGUCAGUAGAUACAAUCGAUCCAAUUGAAAUGAUCUGUCAAUUUAUGACAAAGCACCAGACCAACACAAAAAAAUUCCUUAUUGCAUACCUGCGAUCUACCAAUGAAAGCAUUGUCCGACGUAAAAAACAGUGGGGAUCUGUGAAAAGAGGGUGGCAGACUACUGAGGAAGUUCUAGACGCAGUUGACGAGCUGGUUAAUCAAAAGCCAGAAUGCCGACAAAAGUGGAAUGACUGGGUUCUUAAAAAGGCCAAAGUCAUUGUAGCAUCACAGUCUACGCCACCACAAAGUCUGUUUAUCAACACGAACAAGAUCGACACUGGUCUCUUUGAUCACGAUUCAGAUAUAAAACGAGAGACAGCAGUGGUUGCAGGCAUGGGCUUCCUGCACAGCUUAAUCACGCACAAGUUGGAACAUGAAUAUAACUCUUCCAGAGCAAGCCGUAACCGAUCCGGACGCCAAACCGUGAUUUAUGAAGGCUCAAACCCUGAAUCGGACUCAGAAUCGGAUGUAGAUAGUGAUUUUGACACGUCUUGCAAUAGUGGUGCUCAUGAAUCUCAUGCCAUUGCGAGUAGACAGCAAACAGUAGGAGAUUAUGUUUAUCAUAAAUCAAAGGACAGAGUUGAAAAUAUCAAGAACCGAUUCAAGACGAUAGGCCUUAGUGCAUGUCAAAAAUCAGCGCUUCGUGGAAUUUUAACACUAGCAAAGGCAAAAUCGGUCACGAUCAAGAAAAAAAUUAAAGCUGCUGGGGCUUUCGGGGUUUUUCUGUGUAUUGAUAAUCUUGACAUGAUGGAACGUGUUCAUAGUCGUAGAAUUGAUGCUACUAGCAAGACAUAUCAUGGUACUUGGGGUUACGUUCACUUUGUGAACCCCGAGCUCCUGACCGGGCUUGAUCCAAGCCUCUGUACUCUUCCUGUGCUUCAGAAAAUUCUCAAGGAUGACUGUGAACGACCAGUUGAUUCGGGUGAAUUACUUCGUAGUAAAGCCCAAGAAGUACAAGGACAUGAAAAUCUUGAAUCUUGCUGUUAUUGA